AUGACUGCGAGUGCUGCGCGGUUUAUCGAUCACUUUAGUAACCGAGAAGAUAACUACCGAGCCAGCAGCUUGGACUGCUUUCCCACUCAGCAGUCGACGGUCAACAGGCAACCACCACCACCAUCCGAACACUUCAACUGCUGCAAUAUUCUCAAUUUUCAUCGAGAGGACUUCCUACUCAGUAAUGCCACCCGGAUCACUUCGAUAGAGUCCACCCUAAGAUCCCUGACCUGGUUCUUACCGGGUAGAUUCAAGGAUGCUGAAUUGGCAUCCGAAUCUCUUUACACGGCAUUGAAUCUACUCAGUUUGUAUCAUGAUCGGAUCAUCACCAAGGUCGUCACCAGUCUACCGUCCUCCCAAAAGCCGGCCCAAUCGUCGCAUGCUCGUUACACUUCAGCCUGGUGUGCGGUCUCGUCGACCUACAAGUUUCUAGCGCAUGCAUUGGCGAUCAUCUCGCACAGCCAACUGUUGAUUGAGAUGGUGGCUCGGCGGAGGCUUGGCUCGAAGAGACGAUGGCGGGUGGUGCUGAUGCUAGAGUUGAUCAAGGCGCUCUUGAGACUCAAGCUAGUCGAUCUCACCAGUAGGAUGCUCGUCAAUCCGCCUCUCCCAGAACGGAGAAUCGACCCGGCCACACUCGAGGCUCAGUCGAGGAACACGACCACCACCACCGCAGCUGCAAAUGACCUCUGGUCUCAUCAAGCUUCGUCGAGUAGUCUGACCAGACACGAACUCAACUCUUCGAAUAGCUCUUCCUCGGAAUCUACUUGGGUCGGUAAACGCACCGGGAUCGUCCGUCCGUUGAUCGCCAACUUACGAUCACCUCCAAACGAUCCCCUCAUCGGUAGCGGCAAGAGUCUCGUCAACGAUUAUCUCUCUCGAAAAGCUUUGACCUUAGAAGAGGUCCUCAAGCCACUCGACUUGGUCAGGAAAUCAAAAUCAAACAAGGACAAAUUAGCAGAGAUCAUUUGGAUUCUUAGACCGGUGAUAUAUGUUCUUACGAUCAAUCGAUUUGGACAUCGCCAUGCGGUUCCAUUUCUAUGCUCGCUAUCGCUAGAAUAUCUGUCAUAUUCGCUGCGCCAAUCAGGUCUACAAACUCCACAAGCACGUCAACUGACGCCGCCGAUCUUUUUCGCCAGUCCGCGCCGGGCAGCCUUCCAGAGCCUUGUCUCUGAACUCGAGCGCAACGAGCUCGAGGCCAGACGGCUCGCCUUUUGGUCUUACUUCCUCCGAGGCCCCCUUUGGGUCCUCUGGACUAAACCCAAACUCCUCCAGAUUUCUAACAAAUUUGCUCACGUACCCAUCUUUAAUCUCAUCUCGACCGCUAUCCUCGAUUACACCCCUCUGCUCGACGAGUAUCACUACUACGUUUCCUGA